GUGACACUCAUGCUUCGAAUAUAGCUGUCACGCAUGAAAGAUAAGAUAAGAAUUGACAGGUCUUGGAUACCACGGUACCUAAUGCGUUAUUACAAAAUUUGUGCUUCUUACGUUUGUUUUAGAAUUGGCGUCUACAAGAAUGGCCAACUUUAUUAAAGGAGUUCAAUUUUACUUUCUCAUGUUGCUCAUCCCAAGAGCCUAUUUUACAGUGCUCGAUGGUUACUGUCCUUAUUAUUGUCGGUGUUACAUGUGGGAGAAUAUGAAAGCAGCGAACUGUGUGAACCAAAAUAUAAUUACUGUUGAUAUUAGCAUACCCCGUCAAACAGAAGCAUUAGAUGUAUCAAACAACUUUAUAAGAAGAAUAGAGGAUCACGUUUUCAAGAAACAAGGAAUAACUUCCCUAGAGUACCUUAAUGUGAGUGGCAAUCACAUUAAGUAUAUUGAAAUGAAUGCCUUCAGUGGACUAAACAAACUACAAAUUCUAGAUCUAUCAAAGAACCAUUUGCACUACCUGUUUGUUAAAACAUUUGACGUGCUUGACAGUUUGAGAGCUCUCUAUAUGUCUGGAAACAAAUUCAGUAAAUGGACGUGGGAGCUGCAUUUGAAUUCACUUAAGGUUCUUGACUUGAGUUAUUGUGACAUAGAGAGCAUUGCAGUGAAUGCUCUUUCUAAUAUGGAAAAUCUCCAGAUUUUAAGUUUGAAGAAUAAUCAGCUCUCUGUUCUGAAUGAGAAUGUAUUCCACCAGCUACAUAAUUUGGAAUUGGUUGACAUUUCAGGAAAUCCGCUGAGAUGUAAUGAAGAGACAAAUAGUCUUCAACAGUGGUUUACAAUGCAAAUGAUAAAGCAUACAGCAGUUUGCAGAAGUGAUGAGAAGCAAAAGAUACUUCACACUAAAGAUAAAUUUCAGAAAAUUGUGUCAGCUGUGGAAGACACAACUGAUGAUGCAUUCGAAGACCUUAGGAACUUUUGGGCUAUUGAACAUAAUGAUGGUGUUGUUGAUUCUAAUAAAAUUUGUGAAUGUGAAAAUUCCACCACAAAGAAAAGCAAUUAUUUUCUCAAUAUUCAGGUCUUUGAGGAAAUACCAUCAUUUUGGGCCUUCCUUAUCGGUUUACAAAUCGGAAUUGUAAUUUCAAUAACGGUAAUACUGCUGAGAAAAAUUAAAUGUUGCCAAUGUAGGUUAAUGCAGAGCAGUAUCACAUCCCAACACCGAUUAUCACAGACUUCGGCACUUGAACCUAUGCAGGAAGAGUCAACCUGCUUGUGGGAUAAUAGUGGAUUGGAAACUCCCCCACCUCCAUACAGGGAUGUUGUUUUCCAUAAUGUUGCUGAUAGAGCCACUUGCAAUAAUGGUAGUACAUGAAAGAUGGCCUACAGGUAACAGUACAAAAUGAAACUUUCAGCUACAGCAACUGUAGAUAAAAUGACCAUACAUGUAGCAGGGUGUAAAUAUUACUGCUCUGUAAGUUAAUAGGUUGAAUCAAGAAAGUUGUUUGUCACCAUCAUUAAUAAGAAAUUUUUCUUCAUGAGAAGAACUGCUUGUUGGAACAUUCUCAGUUCAUGUUCAGAUAUUACUCUAAGCUCUAUCAUAACAUUACCAUUCAGUCGGUGAACUGACACAAAAAGUCAGGGAAACUCAACAAAGACAGAGAUUGCAAUAAAAGUAACCUGCUGGGAUACAGUGUAGCAUCUCAUGGGGUUAUGCUGUUGUUUAAUCUCUACAGCAUCUACAGUCCGCUCUGUGAAUUUCAGUCAUUCAGAAAAGUUGUAUAGGGGAGAUAUGACUUUCACAUGUUCUUAGGUUGUACCAUUAUUUUUCCCUUUUACUCACAAUUUUGUUCCUAUGGUAAGCCUUUGGAAGAAGUCCCUGUGUCACAAAAACUCAUCCCCUGGGCUUGUUGAUAAUUUCAAAAUUAUAAACGCUAGCAAGAAUCACAAAUGGUUUAAGACUGAAGGGAUCAACUUUGUCUAUGAUAUAGGUGUUUACUGUAUACUGUUAGCUCAUAAAUGGGCAAAUAAUAAAGUUGCAAACACAAAUUUGGAUCACCAACAUAAUCAUAUACAAUGCUUAAUGGAUAGCAAAGUUUAAUAUGAAAGAAUCUGAAGAAAUGUCUCUUAUGAGCAACUAACUACUAUUCUAUAAAAGAAUUUUUAUUCAAACAUCUGGUUUAUGUAAUGAAAAAUAAUUAAAUACUUAACACAAAAAACUGAUUUUAUAACUAAAUUUAUGUGAGCUCGACUGUAAAUAACUAGCAGUCUGCUACUGUUGACUAAAAUUUAUUUUACUGCCUGAUACAUUCCACAUCACUGCAAUACACAGUGCUGGUGAAAACAUAGAAUGCAUAAUUAACUUGUUACUAUUUGUCCACCUCUCGUUGAUCACUAACAGAAGGGUAUGCACAAAGCAGAGAAGUAUUCUGUUUGGUAGACAAAGAGCUUACUGUGCUAUAGGGCUUACUUAGUGCAGCUGACAUUGGCAUUGCCCAAACUCCAAAUACUGGUCACACAGUCUGCCAGCUUCUAUGGAUUCAGUGCUUGGCAGCCUACCGAACAACAAAGUUGGACAAAAUGGUAACUAAUUGCAUCCUUUGUUAAUCACUAGGUCUUCUCAGACUAGAAAUGUAAUCCAUUCAGACAAAAAGAGUAUUACUGCCUGAUAAUUUAUAGGCACUGGACACAGUUAUUGCUAUUACCUAACCAACAGCAACUUGACAUAUACCCAAAAGGAGAGCACAUGCUCCCCCUGUCCACCCAUUUUAAUUUUGUUGCCUCACUCAGAUCAUCAUUUUGUUUUAUUUUUAUUUACUCCAUCAGAACAGUUACAUCAUUUCACUCUAAUUUAUUUCUAUGUAUAAAUUAUCAACCAGAUUUACUACCUUCUUUCAUACAAUACUUUAUUAGCCCGAUUAGAGUUUGAAGCUCAUCUGCUACUGCGUAUUACUUCCUCCUCCUAGUUUCCUCCUCAUGUGGCAGCAUCGGUAACUUUUCCAUUUAAUGUGUCAACAUUUAACUCUCUAGUUCCUAAAUAAGAUGCUCCCUAUUUAAUGUAAUACUUCUGAAGAAUAUUACAAUUUUUAGUUAGUUGGUUGAUUUGGUGGAGGGGACCAGACAGCAAGGUAAUCGGUCCAAUAAGCUUAGGGAAAGGUGGGGAAGGAAGACAGCUAUGCUCUCUCAAAGAAACCAUCCCAACAUUUGCCUGAAGCGAUUUAGGGAAAUCAUGGGAAACCUAAAUUAGGAUGGCCAGACGAAGGUUUGAACAUUGUCCUCUUGGAUGUGAGUCCAGUGUGCUAACCACUGUGCCAUCUCACACUUUUAUGUCUCAAAUGUCUAUGAAAUGGCAUCUGUCAGAUAGUUAUUUGCUUGUAAAUGGAUUCAACCUUGGUAAAAUUCGUUUGUGGAAUUGCAUAGAGUUCCUCAGCCUGCAUUAGUGUCUUUGUGUAUUGCCAAACUCUGAAGACUCAUCUUUUAGCCUCCACUGUUAUCCUCUCUGUAUUGCAGAAAUCAUGGAAAAAAGCAGAUAAAACAUUAAAGGUUUUGAAAUGAGGCUAGUUUAUUCUUGAUUCAAAAAGCUUAGGGACAUACUACUUCAACUGGGCACUGGAUACUGAAAAGACAUACAAACAUCACCAACAAACACAUACUGUUAGUUGUUAGUAAGCAUUAAAUGUAAGACUGGUGAGGUUUUGCUAUUUUGAUAUAUGUACUUACUCUCAUGCUGUCACACUUCAAAUUGACUCCCAAGAACAUCAUUACAUAUUGAUGUAAUAUUUAAUUAGUUUCCCAUGUUAUUUUUUGUAAAAAGAAAAUGAUAAUUAACAUUUUGUUAUCAAAGAAAGGCAUUAUAUGACUUGAGUACAUAAUAUGUA